CAAUCUGUUCCUCGCUAACCCCACCCUUUAUUUAUAUGGUUGAAGGUUGAUUACUAAUCUGCAAGUCAACAAAACAACUUUCACCAAUUUUACAUAAUUCCUCAGCUGUUGUAACAAAUAACGUAAUUGAAAAGUUACAACACAAUAACUAAAAUGCAGUAUUCUAAAUUUAAAAAGAAGUGGAUUAAAAUAUUGGUUCGCCCACACUAUCUUAAUUAGUUAAAAACAUAGUGAAAAAACUGUUUGGCAAUGGCGACUCGACGAACUGUACUAUCAACUUCUGCAGAUCCUAUUUCGAAUUCUACUGAUCCAUUGCGUGAAUUGUUUGAGGCAUGUAAAACUGGUGAUAUUGCACGUGUUCGGAAAUUAAUCACUGCCCAAACGGUCAACGCUCGUGAUACGGCAGGAAGAAAAUCAACACCUCUACAUUUUGCGGCAGGAUAUGGUAGAAGAGAUGUCGUCGAAUUUCUCUUAUCCACUGGUGCUUCGAUUCAAGCCAGAGAUGAUGGUGGCCUCCAUCCACUUCAUAAUGCCUGCUCGUUCGGUCAUGCAGAUGUCGUGAGACUGCUGUUGGAAGCUGGUGCAAGUCCGAAUACUCGAGACAAUUGGAAUUAUACACCGUUACAUGAAGCAGCUAUCAAGGGAAAAGUUGACGUGUGCAUAGCUUUGUUGCAACAUGGAGCUGACCCCAACAUCCGUAACACAGAAGGUAAAACACCAUUAGAUGUAGCAGAUACUUCAACCAGAUGUGUUCUUACUGGAGAGUUUCGUAAAGACGAAUUAUUGGAAGCCGCUCGAUCCGGAUCAGAAGAUAGAUUACUGGUUCUACUGAACCCGUUGAACGUAAACUGCCAUGCCAGCGAUGGUCGGAGGUCGACACCGUUGCAUUUAGCUGCCGGUUACAACAGAAGUCGUAUAGUGCAGUUGUUACUUCAGCAUGGUGCCGAUGUGCAUGCUAAAGAUAAGGGAGGACUGGUUCCGUUACACAAUGCCUGCUCGUAUGGACACUUUGAAGUAACCGAAAUGCUUAUCAAACAUGGUGCCAACGUUAAUGCCAAUGACUUGUGGGCAUUUACUCCGCUUCAUGAAGCGGCUUCGAAAUCUCGCAUCGAAGUAUGCUCCCUUCUUCUCAGUGAAGGUGCGGACCCGACCUUGCUAAAUUGUCACUCAAAGUCCGCAAUAGACGUUGCACCGACCAGAGAAUUACAAGAGAGGAUUGCUUACGAAUACAAGGGUCACUGCCUUUUGGAAGCAUCUAGACAAUCUGACAUGACCAAAAUAAAAAAAUAUUUAGCGUCCGAUAUUGUUAACUUUAAGCACCCAUAUACGGGAGAUACCCCUUUGCAUGCGGUGGUCAGUUCUGUUUAUCCAAAACGAAAGCAAAUAAUUGAAUCUCUGAUUAGGAAAGGCGCGCAUUUAAAUGAAAAAAAUAAAGACUUUCUUACUCCACUUCAUAUAGCAGCUGAUACUUCGCAUUAUGAUAUUAUGGAUAUAUUGCUACGUCACGGCGCCAAGGUCAACGCCUUGGAUGGAUUGGGGCAGACUGCGUUGCAUAGAAGCGCCAGAGAUGAUAAUAUACAGGCUUGCAGGAUAUUGCUUUCCUACAAUGUGGAUUCUUCUAUAAUAUCUUUGCAAGGUUACACAGCAGCUCAAGUGGCUUCGGAGAAUGUUUUGAAAAUUUUACAAGAUCCUCUAACAAGGAGCGCUGAUAUUGAAUGUCAGUUACUAGAGGCAGCCAAGUCUGGGGAUGCGGAACAAGUGCAAAGGAUAUUAGGAUCUUAUCCUCACAUUGUUAAUUGUCGCGAUGUGGAUGGAAGACAUUCAACACCUUUGCAUUUUGCGUCUGGAUAUAACAGGGUUUCUGUGGUAGAAUAUUUGCUACAGUUAGGCGCAGACGUUCACGCCAAAGACAAAGGGGGUUUAGUUCCAUUGCAUAAUGCAUGUUCAUAUGGACAUUAUGAAGUUACCGAGCUCCUAGUCAAGCACGGUGCCAGCGUUAAUGUGGCGGACUUGUGGAAGUUUACACCUCUGCACGAAGCCGCCGCUAAAGGCAAAUACGAAAUUGUGAAAUUGCUAUUGAAGCACGGAGCGGAUCCUAGCAAGAAAAAUCGAGAUGGCGCAACACCUUUAGACCUAGUUAGGGAUGGAGAUCAGGACGUAGCCGAUAUGCUUAGAGGUAAUGCAGCACUUCUGGAUGCUGCUAAAAAGGGCAAUCUGUUACGUGUACAAAGGCUGGUUACAUCUGAAAAUAUCAAUUGCAGAGAUGCUCAAGGUCGUAACUCAACUCCACUGCAUUUAGCAGCUGGAUAUAACAAUGUAGAGGUGGCAGAAUUUCUCUUGGAUCACGGAGCGGACGUGAACGCACAAGAUAAAGGGGGCCUCAUACCCUUACAUAACGCUUCAAGUUACGGCCAUUUAGACAUAGCUGCCCUUUUGAUUAAAUUUAAUACUGUGGUUAACGCGACCGACAAAUGGGGUUUUACUCCGCUCCACGAAGCAGCACAAAAAGGACGCACUCAAUUGUGCGCAUUACUGCUGGCUCACGGAGCUGAUCCGUUCCUUAAGAAUCAAGAAGGGCAAGCUCCUGUUGAUCUCUCAUCUGCGGAUGACGUUCGAUGCCUUUUGCAGGAUGCCAUGGCCUCUCAACAAAUAGUUCCGACCACUGCCGCUAGUACCUCAUCGGCAAAUAAUUUGUCACAAACUUCUAGUCCAUCAAUAUUACCAAUUAAUACUGAAACUGUGAUAAUGCCAUCCGGUGCAUCAAUGACUCUUUCCGUACCUAUCGCAAACAGACUUAAUGCGACUAUUCCGCCAGAAGGUUGUUGCUCAGAUGCUAAUAAAACUGAAAACGAAAUUCAAGACAAUACCAACAGUAUUACGAGCAUUGCCACUUUCUUGGCCAGCUUAGCAUUGGAACAUCUCCUAGAAUUAUUUGAACGGGAACAGAUCACUUUAGACAUAUUAUCCGAAAUGGGCCACGAAGAUUUGAAACAAGUCGGAAUUUCUGCGUAUGGUUUCAGACAUAAAUUAAUUAAGGGUAUAGAGCGAUUAAUGGCAAGCUGUGGUAGUCAGUGGGCCACUGCUGCCAAUCCAGGAACCUUACUUGUGGACUUGCUGGGUGAUGACAAAGAAUUUGUAGCGGUAGAAGAGGAAAUGCAGAAUACUAUUCGCGAACAUAGGGAUAAUGGUCACGCAGGUGGGGUCUUUAGCAGAUAUAAUAUUGUGAGGAUUCAGAAAGUACAAAAUAGGAAAUUAUGGGAAAGAUACACCCACAGGCGGCAAGAAGUUGCAGAAGAAAAUAGUAAUCAAAGUAACGAGCGUAUGCUGUUUCAUGGGUCGCCUUUCAUUAACGCAAUUGUUCAGAAAGGUUUUGACGAACGGCAUGCUUAUAUUGGUGGUAUGUUUGGAGCUGGAAUAUAUUUUGCCGAACAUUCCUCCAAGAGUAAUCAGUAUGUUUAUGGUAUUGGUGGGGGAACUGGUUGUCCAAUGCAUAAAGACAGAUCAUGUUAUGUUUGCCAUAGGCAUUUACUUCUAUGUCGAGUAACACUUGGUAAGUCAUUUUUGCAAUUUAGUGCAAUGAAGAUGGCGCACGCUCCUCCUGGCCAUCAUUCAGUUAUGGGAAGGCCAUCUGCAGGCGGUCUCAACUUUCCAGAAUAUGUUGUUUAUCGAGGCGAACAAGCUUAUCCAGAAUACUUUAUAACUUAUCAAAUACUGAAACCUGAGGAUUGCUCAAAUGGAGCCGAAUCGGACGUUAGAUGAUUUCAUAACGAACAUUGGCUUAUGUUAAAUUCGAGACGCUCGUAUAGAGAACAUUUAUGUAAUGUAUUUUGUAACGCACUUAGAUGCCUUGUUCCUGCUCGGCCGAAAUGUGGAUGUCAGGGUUGACAAAAAUUUUUGUUUUACCCAUAUUAUACAUAAUAAGGGAUUUCUCUUUUAAAUAUUACGUCGUAUAUGUGGAAGUGCCUCUGCCUACAUAUUUUAUUUAAACUCUUCCCAAGUGUUCGCUACAUGUAUUUUUAUAAUAUGUAUAAUCCCUUAUUCUGUUCAUUAAUCAUUGUGAUAUCUUGUACCCUUUACAGUUGUAAGAUAAAGCUCAAGUAUUAACUUAAUUUAAUUAUCCUGUAGCGUGGUUUAAGGGUACUUUAACUUAUUUUUAAUUGUACAAGAUUGUUAAAUAAGUAAAUGUAAUAUGGAAUUAAAAUGACGCAUUAAAAUUUUUACUCAAA